UGCAAGGAGAAGUAUGCCCAAAGAGGAUCUGCGCCCUGACGCGCUCCGCUGAGUGCAUGUUGGAUCGCUGAGAUUGUGGACUUAGUAUGAAGCGCCAUGGGUUGGUGUGACCGCGGGGUUCAAACGCUGCUGGCCACCGUGGGGGCUUUCGCUGCCUUCAGCCUGAUGACCAUCGCUAUCGGCACGGACUACUGGCUGUAUUCGCGGGCGUACAUCUGCAACGCCACCAAUGCCACGACAGACGAGACCCAACCGCAGUCCAAAUCCAAGAAGGGCGAUCUCACCCACUCUGGGCUGUGGAGAAUCUGCUGUAUUGAAGGCAUCAAUCAGGGCAGCUGUUACAGAAUCAACCAUUUCCCUGACGACAACGACUACGACACUGACAGCUCUGAAUACCUGCUGCGUAUAGUCCGAGCCUCCAGUGUGUUCCCCAUCCUCAGUACCAUCCUGCUGAUGCUUGGCGGGCUCUGUGUUGGGCUGGGCCGAGUCUACAGCAAGACGAACAACGUCCUCCUCAGCGCAGGGAUCCUCUUCGUGGCUGCAGGUCUUAGCAACAUAAUCGGCAUCAUCGUCUACAUAUCGAGCAACGCAGGAGACCCAAACGAAAAACGUGGCGAUGACGAUAAGAAGUACACCUACUCCUACGGAUGGUCCUUCUACUUUGGUGCCCUCUCCUUCAUCGUGGCAGAAACUGUGGCCGUCCUCGCCAUCAACAUCUACAUAGAGAAAAACAAAGAAAUCCGCUGGAGGGCGCGGCGAGAGUUCAUCCGUUCGCUCUCUUCCUCCUCCCCGUACUCGAGGAUACCAAGCUUCCGUUACCGCCGGCGAACAUCGCAGACCAGCUCUCAUUCAACGGAAGCGUCUCGGGAGAACUCACCAGUCACCAAUCUUAAAGGGGUGCCGUCCUCCAGUGGGCCCCUGGAUGAGCUGUCCAUGUACGCCCUGGCGAGGGACAGCGUGACGGAUAAUACAUACAGCCCUGAUGACGAGGCAACAGCAGAGUUCCUCCAGGUCCAUAACUGUUUCCCCAAUGAUUUAAAAGACGGGGUGAAUCGCAGGACCACACCGGUCUGAAGACGUUGAUGAACAGUAAAUGUCAGAAAUAAAAAAAAUCUGGGCUAAUUUGUUGGAGCCAAAGUGCUGUCCAUGUAGACCCAGUUUUCAGAAAAGCUGCUCU